UUGUAUUUAACUGAUGCAGGGAGGAAACAUUUCCCCCUGGAACUGUCCCCUGUUGAUAUGACGAUCACUACUGCUGGGUCACACCAUGCACAGGAGGCAGAAACCCAGCACUCCAGAACACAAGAGGGAUUUUGCAGCUCAUGGAGGAGCUCUGUCCAUGUCCCACAAUGACACACGCUCUUUUUUCAACUUCUCUCAGCUUGUGCUCUCUGUUGGCAAUCUCAAGUCACCACCAGUGCUCAAACAUUCAAAAAUUACUUACUUUGAAGUGGAAAUUCUUGAUGUGCAAAGCAAGAAGCAGAUCUGCAUUGUGGACAAGGUACCUCCAUCAUCUACCCUUCUUGAUGUGAAACACAAAUUUCACAAAGCAUGUCCGCAGUGGUACCCUUCCCGUGUUGGCCUGCAACUAGAACGCAAUGGGCCCUAUUUGAAGGAUUCCGUUAACAUUCAAAGCCUUGCCGUUUCCUCCAUCAUUACACUGUAUUUUACGGACCUGGGUCAGCAGGUCGGAUGGACCACAUUUUUUCUAGCAGAAUACACCGGUCCUCUUCUAAUAUAUCUGCUCUUUUACAUUCGUCUCUCAACUAUUUAUGAUCAAGCGGAAAGUACGAAGAACUUCCGCCACCCAGUGGUUCACUUGGCCUGCUUCUGCCAUUGUUUACACUACAUCAGACAUCUUCUGGAGACAUUAUUUGUUCACAAGUUUUCGGGAGGGCACACUCCUCUGAAAAAUAUGAUAAAGGGCUGUGCCUUUCACUGGGGAUUCACUUCCUGGAUUGCAUACUACAUCAACCAUCCACGAUAUACGCCACCAUCAUUUGGCCACAGACAAGUUUCUUUUGCUGCCCUUGCUUUUCUGAUGUGUGAAGCUGGAAAUCACUUUAUCAACGUAGCUUUAGCUCACCAAAAUCAUUCAGGAAAUAAAGCCUGUUUUCCAAGUCCAACCUACAACCCCUUCACGUGGCUCUUCUUGCUGGUAUCCUGUCCCAACUAUACGUAUGAGGUUGGGUCUUGGAUUAGUUUCACAGUGAUGACACAAACCCUGCCAGUUGGCAUUUUUGCUUUCCUGAUGGUCAUCCAGAUGUCUCUCUGGGCCCAAAAGAAACACAAGCUGUACCUGAAGAGAUUUUAUCCAGAGGUGCGGAGAAAAGCAGCUAUGAUUCCUAUCAUCUUCUAAGCUCUUAACAAGAGUUGAAGCCUAAGCGUACAGUUCAAGAGCUAACUCAGAGUAAAUGAGCCAUUUCAUUCAGUAACCAAAGUGGAUCAGAGGAAGAACUACUGGAUAUCUUUUUCAGAAAAUUAACAGUUCAAGACGAAGAGCUUUUAAUUAAGUGAAAAAAUGUAGCUCUUGAAUUCUUGGUUCCUGCUAAAAGAUAUGAUUUAAUUAGAUUUUCUGUAAUGGAGCUAAUUGGGAAGGGACGAGAAAAUUGCUUAUAUUGAAUGUUAGGCUAGAUAUUUAGCUGGUGUAAAUGGGCACAGAUGCUGUUAGAAUUAACGAAUACAGCUCAUCUGCAUGCAUUCAGGUCUGGUGAUUUUAAGGUUCAGUGUUAGAUGUUGACGAGAGUCUUGGAUUUUUGCAUCAGAAGAUGUUUCAUAGCCUUAUUUUUAUUAAACUGCACAAGAACAGCACGUUCUGCCUCAGCUCCUCUAAAGCAUCACAUCAAAGAAUGACCGCUAUGCUGUUAACAUAGUUUAGUCUAGCUUUACAAGGUUUUUCUUUCUUUCUUUUUUUUUUAAUUGAAUCUCAUAGCAAAUUGUUCAAUACAAAUUGGCUUAAAUUGAUCACUGCAGAGAGGCCUGGUUUUCUUUUGUUUUCAGGUAGGCAGAUCAGUCCCAUGACCCCAGGAGGGGACUGUUUGUGAGGUGCUUCCCAUCUUGCUACUAAUUUGCAGCGUGACCUUGGGUACAUCAUUUAAGUCCACCCCCCUUUCUCACUGAUUGGGUUUGCGUGGCAAGGUGUGAGGAG